UAUUCAACUACGGCACAUUCUUCAUCGCUUUCUACUGUGCAGACUAUUGUGCACGGGCUGUUGCAAGAUGCUGACGGUAGAAACUUUCUGGACCGCGGAGCACCUGGGUGAAGAAGUUUUAAACCUGCUCAUCGUUGAGGUAUUUCUUUGCCUCAGUUCUGCAACUCCAUUUCAGGACCUCGGGCACGACUCCGCCUUUGUGGUAUUCCGCUCACACUACACCGUAGCGGUUCAUCUUUGGUUGAGCCCCUUCGCGGAUGCGUAUCGUAGCGCAGGGCUACUAAUGACUUCGACCGUGUCAUAUCAUGUAGAGGAGGCGUGCAACAUCUUACACAGUCUCAUUCCUAACUCUUCAAUUGAAACGGAUCCCAAGAUGACGCGAUCACCUACUCAUGCAAAGAAGCCGACAAGAGCUGCGAGUGUACGUACAGCAAAUAAGACAAGAGCGCGGAUUCUUGUCACCCCACGUCCGCGUAAAGGUUUGUUGUUCAGAAUCACUUACCAGCUAUAUUACCUGACAAAGUUCCAUGAGUAGCUUCGAGAACGCGUUAUCGCGUGCUCAACGACUUCCGAGAUUUGAAAUAAUCCUGUACAUACUACUUGAUUCACUCUCACGUAAGAUCUAUCGUCUUUCGAGAUCCACCUCAGUGAUGACGCAUUCGAAGAGCGUGCCGUCGUGUACUGUUUUUGUAGCUUGAGGUAUCGAGAAGAUUCUUGUUGCUAUACAAUCGAGAACAACCGACCGAUGUAAUGCAAAUACUCC